UCUACUAAUAUGUGUAGUGUGUGGAUGUGUCAAGAGUAGAAAAAAUAGUACGAAACCGGGUGAUAAAAAAUCAAAAGGAGAGAAGAAAAUGAGCGAGGAGAAGAGGAAGCAACACUUCGUGCUAGUCCAUGGUGCAUGCCACGGCGCAUGGUGCUGGUACAAGGUGAAGCCGCUGCUCGAGGCUUCGGGACAUCGUGUAACCGCCUUAGACCUAGCUGCCUGCGGUAUAGACACCACCAGGUCGAUCACUGACAUUUCCACAUGCGAACAAUAUUCUGAGCCAUUGAUUCAGCUAAUGACUUCAUUGCCAAAUGAUGAGAAGGUUGUGCUCGUUGGUCAUAGCUUUGGAGGUUUGAAUUUAGCCAUAGCCAUGGAUAAGUUUCCUGAAAAAAUCUCUGUUUCUGUCUUUGUGACUGCUUUCAUGCCCGACACCAAAUGCUCACCAUCGUUCGUCGUGGACAAGUUUGCAAGCUACAUGACAUCAGAAGGAUGGAUGGGCACUGAGCUCAAGCCGUACGGCUUAGACAAUUCUGGCUUGUCUGUGUUCUUCAGCACUGAGUUUAUGAAGAACCGUCUCUACCAGCUUUCUCCUAUUGAGGAUCUUGAGCUUGGACUGCUUUUAAAGAGGCCCGCAUCAUUAUUUGUGAACCAAUUAUCAAGGACAAAGAACUUUUCAGACAAAGGGUAUGGAUCUGUUCCUCGAGCUUACAUUGUGUGCAAAGAAGACAAGAUCAUCUUAGAAGAACAUCAACGAUGGAUGAUCGAUAAUUAUCCGGCGAAUUUCGUGAUUGAGAUGGCAGAGACGGAUCAUAUGCCAAUGUUUUGCAAACCUCAACUACUCAGUGACCAUCUAUUGGAAAUCGCAAACAAAUUCUCUUAAUUGAUGAAAAUGUAUUUGGAGUUGAUACAAUUAAGUGUGUGUUCUAAAAUGGAUAUUUCUGUAAGUUCGGACUUUAUUUCUUAUUAUGGCAA